GCAGAGAGCGAGCGGAGAGCGAGGUGUAGAGAAACCGAGGGGGAGAGAACCCGAGUGUGUGUAUGCGUGUGCGUGUGUGAGCGCGAGCGAGCGAGCGAGAGGAGCGAGAGAGUGCGAGCGAGAAAGAAUAAAAGGAAAGAAGAUUUUCUCUAUGUAUAUAAAGAUGGCCACGUUAGCAAACGGACAGGCUGACAACGCAAGCCUCAGUACCAACGGGCUCGGCAGCAGCCCGGGCAGUGCCGGGCACAUGAACGGAUUAAGCCACAGCCCGGGGAACCCGUCGACCAUUCCCAUGAAGGACCACGAUGCCAUCAAGCUGUUCAUUGGGCAGAUCCCCCGCAACCUGGAUGAGAAGGACCUCAAGCCCCUCUUCGAGGAGUUUGGCAAAAUCUACGAGCUUACGGUUCUGAAGGACAGGUUCACAGGCAUGCACAAAGGCUGCGCCUUCCUCACCUACUGCGAGCGUGAGUCAGCGCUGAAGGCCCAGAGCGCGCUGCACGAGCAGAAGACUCUGCCCGGGAUGAACCGGCCAAUCCAGGUGAAGCCUGCGGACAGCGAGAGCCGAGGAGGUAGUAGCUGCCUGCGCCAGCCCCCUUCACAAGAUAGAAAACUCUUCGUGGGCAUGCUCAACAAGCAACAGUCCGAGGACGACGUCCGCCGCCUCUUCGAGGCCUUCGGGAACAUCGAGGAGUGCACCAUCCUGCGCGGGCCCGACGGCAACAGCAAGGGGUGCGCCUUUGUGAAGUACUCCUCCCAUGCCGAGGCGCAGGCAGCCAUCAACGCGCUACACGGCAGCCAGACCAUGCCGGGAGCCUCGUCCAGUCUGGUGGUCAAGUUCGCCGACACCGACAAGGAGCGCACGAUGCGGCGAAUGCAGCAGAUGGCUGGCCAGAUGGGCAUGUUCAACCCCAUGGCCAUCCCGUUCGGGGCCUACGGCGCCUACGCUCAGGCACUGAUGCAGCAGCAAGCGGCCCUGAUGGCAUCAGUCGCGCAGGGCGGCUACCUGAACCCCAUGGCUGCCUUCGCUGCCGCCCAGAUGCAGCAGAUGGCGGCCCUCAACAUGAAUGGCCUGGCGGCCGCACCUAUGACCCCAACCUCAGGUGGCAGCACCCCUCCGGGCAUCACUGCACCAGCUGUGCCUAGCAUCCCGUCCCCCAUUGGGGUGAACGGCUUCACUGGCCUCCCCCCACAGGCCAAUGGACAACCUGCUGCAGAAGCUGUGUUCGCCAAUGGCAUCCACCCCUACCCAGCGCAGAGCCCCACCGCCGCGGACCCCCUGCAGCAGGCCUACGCCGGAGUGCAGCAGUAUGCAGGUCCAGCCGCCUACCCUGCUGCCUAUGGUCAGAUAAGCCAGGCCUUUCCUCAGCCGCCUCCAAUGAUCCCCCAGCAGCAGAGAGAAGGGCCCGAGGGCUGUAACCUGUUCAUCUACCAUCUGCCCCAGGAGUUUGGGGACGCUGAGCUGAUGCAGAUGUUCCUCCCUUUCGGCCGGCACCCUGUGCCCGCGCGCUGCCAGGCCCCCUCCUGUCAGGGAGGACAGUGUCCAAUAAACUCCUCCACCCGCAGGCUUCGUGAGCUUCGACAACCCGGCCAGCGCGCAGACUGCCAUCCAGGCCAUGAACGGCUUCCAGAUCGGCAUGAAGAGGCUCAAGGUGCAGCUGAAGCGGCCCAAAGACGCCAAUCGCCCGUACUGAGCGCCGGCGGGAGCGUCCCCCGGGGGAGACCAGGACUCGCACAGGGCCAGUCAAAUCCACCACAGUCUCGCGCUGAGCUAGGAAUAAAGUUCACGUAAUCACAUGAGAGUGGAGAAAAGUCCCCCAUCCGGCAGGAUGCUGAACGGGCUACAUUAAAAAACAAACCUCUCUCUCUAUAUAUUUAUAAAUGAGAACUGUUGGAUGACACCUUUGACAUAUCAGCCAAUAUCAAUCAAGCUGAAGACUCCAGACACUGUCUGUGUGACUGUAACAUUUCUUCAAGGAAAGUAUAGCGUCUGUGGAGUUCAGAGGGCACGUGUUUGGGGGAAAAAUAUAUAUAUGACAUAAGAAGAAGAUGAAGAAAAAUGAGAAAAAAAAAAAAAACACACAAAAGGCAACUUUAAAACAAAAUAUCACGAGACCAGACUGGGAGGCUUAAGGGCUGGGAACUGGGAGGAGACGCUGCUUACCGAUCCCGGGGCUUUUCCAGCCCAUGGGCGCCUGAGGCAGGCUGGGGCAAGUGGUGUGUGGGGCCUGGUCCCCAGGGGGCGGCUGGGAGGCCGCCACUGAGCAUCUCUAUCUGUCAUUCCUUUAGCUAUUUAGGGACCAAAGGACCAAACUUUUUAUUGCAGAUGUGUAGCUCUACGUCAAAUAGAGGGGGAAUGGAGGACUCCCUCCUUCCUGCCUCAUGGCUGUUCUUGAAACAGCUUAGAGCGAUUCUAUGAAAAAAUGUCAUAAAAAAUUAAAAAAAAACAACAACAAAAAACAACAACAAAAAAACAACAAAAAAAGGAAAUAUAACGCUUCAGUGCUUUUAAAACAGCAAGAUAAUAGUUCUUUGAUACUUUGAGAGGCGCUUUGAUGACCCUCAUCCAAGUCUAUGACACUUUCCUAUGGUUUUCUGUAUUCUAUGUCUGGAUGGAGCUGUUAAGAUGAACAAAUUGGUGGAUAUUUGGGGAAAGCAACACAAAUCUUAAAACUCGUUAACCGUGGAGUGUGAGAAAACAAGGAGGGGACAAACGGGACUUACCAAGCAAGGUCAUUGUUGUGAAAAGUCUGUAAAUGCUUCUAACUCUUCCCCCUCUUAAAAUCCUAAUAGUUGUACAGAAUUUUAAAAAGGAAAAGUUUAAAAUACCUAUAUAAUAGAAGAAAAAUUAGAGGAA